UUUUCCGAAGGCCGCCAAGUUUCCACAACACAUGUAGCAAAAAAUUAUGGCGGGAUUGAGUGUUUUGUUAAAAAUAAUAAUUUUUAUUACGUUUGGAUUAACACAUUUAUCAUGGCAUUUAAUUUGGGCAUCGAGGCUUAAUGUGCCACGUGUAUUACUACCAAUAUUUAACGACUUUCCUGUUAAUUUUACGUUGGAAGUCACUGAAGGAGGAUGUUAUCAAUGGUCUACCUCACGUUUUGAUAUCCUAAAUUUAAUUCCUCUCAAUGAACAUCCUGAUCGCACGUGUUCGUCUCAGGUUAUGGUUCAAAGUAUAACGAGAGAAUUAACUCGUAAUACAGCCAUAGUUUUAGCAGAGGAUAUAAAUACUGGUCAAUCUUUACGAUGCAAUAUUAUUGUUGAUGCUGUUUCAUCAUUAAAUUUAGUCACCACAACUAGAGAGUUGUUUAUUGAAGAAGCGCCGGAGGCAUUUGAAGUACGCGCUUAUGAUGAUCAAGGAAAUGAAUUCACUACAUUAGCUGGCAUUGAAUUUAUUUGGACAAUAGAGAAUGGAGAAAGAUAUACUUUAGAUAAUGACUUAGAAGCUAAUGAUGGAGUAUUAAGAUUUUUGACAUUUCUAGAAUCACCUUAUGAAACACCUCCAUCAAUAGCCAUGCUUGAUAGCAAAGGAAAAAAAGGAAGUAUUGUUCUUAUGGAAGGUGUCAAGACAGGAACUGCUCGAGUAUCAGCUACUUUACCUUAUCUAGAGUAUCAAAAUGUUCCAUCAGUUGAAGUAGAAUUAAUUGUUGUUGCCAACCUAAUUAUUCUUCCUACUGAUGUGACAAUGAUGGCCUAUGACAAUUUUAAGUACAAAAUUAUGCAAGUCCAUCAGGGAAGACUCGAAGAAAUAGAUUUAGCAUCUAGUCAAUAUUAUUUAGAAGCUGAAGAUCCUGAUAUUUUAGAGAUUGAUGAUCAAAAUGGACAAGCAUAUGCUUUGUGCAAUGGAAGGACUAAAGUAUUGCUUCAUGAUAAAAAUGUUAAUGAAGAGUAUGGAAUUGUUUUACCAACUGCUACAGUUCAUGUUAAUUCUGUCGAAUAUAUUACAAUUACGGUACUACCCCAUAGAAAUAAAGGAUUAAUCCUUGGCGAAACUCAUGAAAUUGUUGUUGAAUUAUUUGAUGCUAAAGAUCAUAAAUUUUAUGUUGGUGAAGGUGUAGAAGUAUUAGUUUCUAUUGAUGCAAAGUACAUUGAUACUAAAAUGAUUAGCAAAAAUGGAACUUAUAUUGUUGGAGUGCCUAUUAUCUGUGGAACAACAACCAUUGAAGCUAUAAAUGGAGUAACGGAUGCCCACGGGAAAAAAUUCAUUCUUGAAACGCCACUUAUUGCUAAAGCUGAUUUGGUCAUCCAUACACCGGUAGUUGUAAGUCCAAAAAUAAUGGCAGUGCCUUGGGACCCUUCAAGUAAAUUUCGAUCAGACGUUGCGUUUAAGGUUACUGGAGGUGAUGGUACAUACGUUUGGAAUUCAAGAACACCAUCAAUUGCAACAGUGGCUCCAAACGGAGUUAUAAGAAUAUUAAAUCAAGGAUCCACUGAUGUAACUGUGUCAAUGGCUCGUAAUCAAUAUAAUCAUGAUAAAGCCAAAAUUUUCGUAAUGUUGCCAUCACGACUAGAAAUCAUUCAAUAUAAUGUGGAUGCAGCUACAGGUGAACCAAUUCAUUUAUAUGUUGCUUUAUAUGGUAGACUAAACAAUACACUGGAUGCCAAGGAAAUUCCAUUUACUGACUGUCGUGAUAUUCCUUUUGAAGUUUAUAUUUCUGACAAUAAGUUUGUUCAUAAUACAACGAGUGAAUUCAUCCAGCCAGUUGGCAUUUCUUGCGCUACGUUGACAGUUACCGGAAGAUAUAUUGGAUCCUCUAGUGUUACUGUAGCAUACAAAGUAAAUGGUCAAUAUCUUAUGGAUAAUGUGACUGUUUCGGCUUAUGAACCGCUAUCUUCACUUUAUCCAGCAACUGCUGAAACACUUUUAGCAGUUGGAUCAUCUAGGAAAAUUGUUUUUAAAGGUGGUCCUCAGCCUCGUGCUGGAAAAAAUAAUGGAUUUAUAAAAGAAGUCUCAGUUUCAGAGAAAGAAAUUAUUAGAGUUGCUCAAAUUGACAAAGUUAACCAAUACUCUGAAGUUUCAAUAUACGAAGUGACUUGUCAAGCUCUUGGAGAAGUUAUAUUAUCAUUAAAAAUUGUCAACGAACCACUUUUACCAAAUUGUAGAAGUACAGGUGCUACUGCAACUGUUAAAGUAAUUUGUGGAAAACCAAGGUACAUUAGUCUUCAGCCAAAAUUUAAAGAUAGAAAAAAUUGUCCGAUUGGAAAUAAAGCAGAAAAAAUUAUGGCCCAUACUGACCAGCCUUUGCGUCUUCUUGUGACUGUAAAAGAUGAAGAUGGUAAAAAAUUUGAUAAUAUAACAAGUUUGAAUGUUGAAUGGGCUCUAAAACCUCCAGGAAGCGGAGUAUUUGAAGAAGUGUCCGGAGUUCUUGAAGAAACUUUUACGGAUUUUAAUGUGAUCCUUCCUAAGGACCAUUUCCAAAACAUUAUUCCGAAAAAACACGCUGUGUCUUUGACAGUGAUCGCAAAAAUUACAGAAUAUCAAAAAUAUAUUUUGGGAAAAUUACGAAUAACACCAGAAUGGCCCCCAUUUCCUGUUUUAACAGAAAAGGGAACGUGGGUUACACCAAAAAUAUCAACAGAAAUUAAUAUUCUUUUGGUUAACGAUACAAUUAUAUCUCCAAAUGAAAUAAAGGUGUUAAACGAUCCAAAUGCAAAAUACUCACUUCAAGUAAGCCAAGGAUCAGGCUACUAUGAAUUUAUAUUAAAUACUAAUGAAAUAGCAGAUGUGCAUUAUGUCGAACCAACGAAAACUAUUAGUAUAAGUCCAAAAAAAGCUGGAAUUCUGAAAGUAGCACUUGUGGAUCUUUGUCUAGAAUCUGAACCUGCUGUAGUAGAAAUAGAAGUCCAACAAUUGGCUGCUAUCGAAGUAAACAGUAUAAAUAAAAUCGAAAAAGGCAAAUGCAUCUCAGCAGAAGUGAGAUUAUUUGAUACAAAUGGUAAUUUAAUUCAACUCCCAUCCUUAGAAUCAUUCGAUCUCAAAUAUGAAACGGAUAAUUCAUUUAUUGAACUUAAAAGACUACCGAUUAAUGAACAAGGUGAUUCUCCAUAUUCUCGGAUACUUUACAUGAUUCAUGGUGUCGAAGAAGGUGAAUCAAGAUUAUCAUUUAUUAGUCAGUUUAAAGAUCAAGAAAUCCGAAGUGAAUCUGUUGGAAUCCAAGUUUUUGUACCUCUGAAGGUUACUCAAAAGAAUGUGACUAUUUUAGUUGGAACUAUUUUUCAAAUAUUAACUACUGGAGGGCCUACGAAUGCUCAGAUAGAAUUUACUAUUGAUGAUGGAAAUAUUGUAGCGAUAAAUGCUAAAGGAAUUCUGGAAGGAAAGGCUAUAGGACACACGAAAGUAGUAGCUAAAGCACUCGGACCUGAUGUAAAAGGCAUGAAAGUUAUUUAUUCUCAAGAUGUUGUUGAUAUUUAUGUGACAGAAUUACAAGGAAUUAAAAUUAUGGCUCCAACAACUAGAAUUAAAGUUGGAGCAACAGUUCCUUUAUGGGCUUUUGGAAUUCCUGAUCAAUUGACUCCUUUAAUUAUUGGAUCGUUAAAAUCAUUAUUAGUUUUUACAUGGACUGCUAGUAAUCCUAACUUGAUGAACCUUCAUAAUAUGUAUGAAGGAACUGGAAUUAAUAUUAGGUACCAAAAUGAAGUUACUUUGAGAGCAAAAGCAUUGAAAGCAGGAACGGCAACGAUUUACUUAAAUGUGACAAUUCCUUCAAAUGUUUUGGCUGGCUCCCAGAGUGAUAUUACUUUUAGCACCUUUAUAAAAUUGGAAAUAAUUGAAGAGCUGACACUCAUUAAUCCUGUAAUAACUACUGGCACUCCUGUUAUUUUAAUGACACCCAACUCGAGUUUAAAAUUAAAAACUAAUCGAGAUAAAUAUGGCAGUUCAACUUACAAAGUUAUUUUACCUGGAAAUUCUUAUGACGCUGAUGAUCCAAAUGCUCUAAUUAUCACCAAAUCUGUCACUGUAGAUAAAAAUGGAAUCAUCAAAGCCGGAGAUUCAAUUGGAAGAACUAUUUUAUCAAUUACAAACGUUGAGGCUUAUAAUAGAAAACAAACUAUAAAUGUUGUUGUUGAUGUAAAACCAGUCCAUUAUAUGAUGCUGUCUUUGAGUUCUAACGUAAGAAUCAGAGAAGGUGAAGAGCUUAAUAUUUUACCGAAAGAAAUGGAAUUAAAUUAUGUUGUGGAAUUUUUCGACAAUCUCGGAAAUAAGUUUCAUGCUGCUGAUAUGAAAUUUAAUACAAUCGCUAAUCGUGCAGAUUUAAUUACUUUUUCUGAGAGCCUAAAUAAUCAGUUAAAUGUAAAAUUCCAUGAAAAUGGUGAAUUGGUGGCUAAAAUCUUCAGCGAAAAGUUUCCUAACGGAAUAUUUGAUUACGCUCAUAUGGUUAUUGGUGAUAUAAUCUUUCCUUCAAACACUAUGUUGACUGUUGGAGAUGUUGUUUGCUUCUCUAUGCCACUAUUAUCAUCAGAAACGGGUGAUCCAGGUUUUUGGCAGUCGUCCAAUCCAGAUAUCUUAGCUGUCGAUCCUCUGACUGGUAUUGGCAAAGCUAAGAAGCCUGGAAAGGUUACAGUAAAGCAUAGUUUGACGAGCCAUAAACAAGGCGAAAUUGAAAUUAAUGUUGAGCCAAUUUCCAAAAUAUCUUUGGUAUUGUUGAGAGGAAAAAAUAUUACUGGAAUGGAAGUAUUUAGUGUUCCGCUUGUUUUGAAGAGUAAAGACGAAGGAAUUAAAGAGAACAAUGUCUUAGCACGAGGUUUUGGAGGUUGUCGUACGAGAUCUUCAUUUAUAAUUGAUUCUUAUCCAUUUUCUUGCGGUAUUCAAUUUAUUCCUCUAACUUCUUCUGUGAAUAUUAAGGACAUUUUCAUCACAAAGCCACGGUUUGAUAUCAUUUCUGGAUUUUAUUAUUGCGAUAUCAUCCCGAUUGGUGUUCCGACCAUGAUCUCAAGUAUUUUGGAUGUUAAAGUUCAAGUCAAUGCUUACAGCCGAGAUAUUGAAGGAAAUUCUUUAGAAAUUACAUACCUACCUCCAGUUUACAUUGCUUCUAAUGAUAUUGUAUUUGUUCAAAAUAUUCCUCAAGCUAUUGCUAAUUCUCUUCUCCAAGUUCAUGGUCUCCAUAGUGUUUUAGAACAUGUUUCUCUUCAAGUUCCUGAAGGAAUUAUAAUUCAUUCAUACGAGUUUAUUGGGACAAAUAUUCUGCAAAUCGAUUUACGAUUGAUCCAAGAAAGAGAAGAUAUUCAAGGACAGCAAAUUUUCUUAACGAAUGAAGUGACAAAGCAAAAUAUUUCUUUACUCAUAAGAAUGUCAAGAUAUGAUGAAUACACGUCAUUAACAGGAAUCAAUUGGAUAGAAUGUUUAUGUUUUCAUCGAUAUACAAUUACUACUUUUGCUAUAAUUGUUGUCACAAUGUUCUGGCUUUGGAGAAAUAAAAUAGCUAGUGUGGAUUUGUCGGUUAAAAAUACUAGUAUUUUUGCUGAUAAAUGUCCACCCCCUCUCAAGAAAUCUCCAACUCAAUCCACUCCUACUUCUUUUGAUACUUCUCUCAAUAAUACGAUGAAUUCAUCUAGUCCUCGAAAAAAUCUUGAGUCUCCUCUCAGGCCAUUCUCUGCUUUUGAACCUGUUUACGGUGAUCCUCGUGGAUUUUAUACUCCAAAUGCGCGACGAAACAUAUCUUUUCAAAGUCCAUAACUAAAAUAACUUUUUACAAAUGAGUGAUAAAUUGAUAAAUAUAAAUUA